UCAAAGUCCCCUGUAUGCUUGUUUGUUUGAGGUUCUGGAGAUAUUUGAAAUACCAGAUCCCUGGGUGCUUGGUUUCAAGGGUUAAUGCUAUGCUUGGUACUAAGCGUUUUCAAUAUUUGCCAUGCAGGGCAUGGGAAAGCAGGUUUAAAUUCAGGUUAAGACAAAGGCUUUUCAUAUAUUUAUGUAAAAUAUAGCAAAGAAGACUGAAAAAGUACAGGGCUGAAUAGAAAUGGUCAAGCACUGAACAGACCAAGAUGGUGACAAGCACUGGUCAACCAUCUAGAGAGAGUAUACCCUGCCUCAGUGAAGAUUUGCCUGGAUACGACAACUGAGGAGGCACAGACACCACCAUACCAGUACCUCAUUCAGGGAGUUCUGCUCUAUUUCAACCAAAGCAUGUUGAACUCUAGUAGAGAAGAGACCAACAAAAGGCGGCACAGGGGAUGUUCACACACACAGUAGUGUCACUGGCGGUUGUUUGUUUGCUGAACUUUUUCUCAACAGAGUCGCCGAAUAGGAAAGUGAGGUUGAAAACAUCGCCAUGACUGAACCAGAUAUUUUGCAGCCUGGAUAGUGUACUUCAUAGAUGCCAAUAUAUCAUAACAUCUGUAAGAAAUUCUUUGUUUGGGAUUUAUAAAUUAUGGUGACAGGAGGUGUCAGCUUGUGAGACAGGAGUGGAGAUACUGACAGACCAAGCACCGUGACUACACAAUUCAGGAAUUGUAACCACUUCAAUACACAGACAAAUAUAUCAAGCAAAUAAACGAGAAUGAAGUAAAAAGAGAAAACCAGCAGAUUGCUUGAACAUCACUCGAAUAAAAUACUGUCAAUAUGGGCAGGUAUCCUUAACCACAGAUGUUAUAGAAAACUGAUUGUAUCUCAGGUGAGAUGAUAAACACCAAGUAAUGGUGAGGGGGACAUUUGAGUUACCCAAGCUGAAAGGAGAACAAAACAAAGACAAGAUUCCUUCUGUCCGCUGGGGCGAGAGCUAGGGUGGACAUGAGUGGACACUGGUCACUCAGAGUCCUGAGCCCGGAGUCCUGACCACUGUAGGAGGGUGGAAGAUUGAAAGCAUUUUUGUUGAGAAAAUGGGACUUUAUGGAGAUUAGUGUUUCCUUAUAGGAUCCAUCACAUGCUGAGGAAAGUGAAGAAACUGAUUUCUUGGUGGAGACAAAAUCAUAAAUUUCACAGAUCACGUCAAAGACAGAUGCCAUGUUCAAGUGUGGCCUCUUGAUACUGACUUCGCCUCUCUCAAAGAUCCCACAAUGCAUCAGUGCACUUCUGUCUGCAUCAAUGAAAUAUGUCAGCGAGACACUGUAUAUACACAUAGAGCCUGGAUGGAAGGGCGGGCCAAGUCUAGCCAAUCAAAAAUUUGGAUCUUUUCAGUGCAGACCUACAGUUUUGAUUCGUAAUGUUACAACUGGUGUGUAUGCCAAUGCCGCCUCCACGUGCGGUCAGCUUGACGUGCGGGUUUUACUGAGUUCCUUUACUGCCAAACCGGCACCCCAUUCUCAACAAACAUUAAGACGAGCAUAUGACAUCAUUCUCACAGAUCAUAAGCCCCAUGCAGGAUUUGCUGAACAAGUGCUUGAAAAAUACCCACUAGCCAUCAUCCCCAGUGUUCAAGUCCUGGAGGCAAAUACCUCAUUGGGUGGAUGUCAUACAGAGAGAGGUGAUAAUCUCAGCACUGAAGACGUACCACUUGGGACCUAUGACUAUAUUGCACUGGGAGGUACAUUUGACAGACUCCAUGGUGGACAUAAAAUCCUCCUCUCCGAAGCCUGCCUGAUUUGUGAUAGAUUCCUCACUGUUGGAGUGACAGAUGGAGACAUGAAUGCCAAAAAGUCCCUGCCAGAGCUGAUACAGCCAACAGAAGAGAGACUGGCAGUUGUGCAGGAUUUCCUGCAGGACGUCAAGCCGUCGUUAGAGUACGACAUUGUCCCCAUCGUGGACCCCUACGGCCCGACCAUCCUGCGCCCUGAGUACCAGUGUCUGGUGGUUAGCCAGGAAACAGUGAAAGGAUUUCAUAUGGUGAACCAGAAGAGGGAGGAGAAGGGUAUGAGUCCACUUGAAGCCCAUGUGAUAGAACUUGUAGAAGACAAACAUCAUGCUCCAGAAGAAGAGACCAAGAUCAGUUCCUCGUCACUCAGGAAGAGACUUCUGGGAACUUUGUUGGCGGAGCCUAAGCAGAAGUCGGGUCUACCAGACCAGCCAUAUAUAAUAGGUCUAACAGGAGGUAUAGCCAGUGGCAAGUCAUCUGUGUGUAGAAGACUAGAGGCUCUGGGAGCUGUAAUAGUGGACUGUGAUAAACUAGGUCACAAAGCCUACGUAAAGGGCACUGAAACAUUUCACAAAGUGGUGGAAGUGUUUGGUGAGGACAUUGUUGGUGAAGACGGGGAAAUUGACAGGCGUCAACUUGGUGGAAAAGUGUUUAAAGACAAGAGCCAGAUGGACCUGUUGAACUCCCUAGUCUGGCCGUCCAUAGCCACACUGGCCAAGCAGCAGAUCAUGGAGUCCUCCAGACAGGGGAAGGGGGUGGUGGUCCUGGAUGCCGCNUGGUCCAACUGA